AUGAACAGAAGCAGCAGCAGGGUCCUUGCUGGUGAAGAAGAGCACUGUGUCCCCAGCUUGUCCGGUGGGACACUUCCCCUGCGGGAACCUCUCCAUGUGUCUGCCCCAGCUGCAGCACUGCAAGGGGGUCCAGAACUGCAGCAACAGGGCCGACGAGCUCAACUGCGAGGAUCUCAGCGGCUGGUCUGGCAUGUUCAGGGUGCAAGGAAUACACAAUCCUCAGGGCUGGCAACAGGAGUGGUUGACUUUGACAGGAACCUAAUCAAGCAGUUGAACUCUUCAAUAUUUGCAUCCUGCGGUUUCCUCACUGUGCUAAGUCUUUCUGGCAACAAUCUGAGCCACAUUCACCCGAGUCAGUUUGACAGCCUGGUCUGCGUGCGCUCCCUAGACCUUGACGGAAUCGAGAUCCCGAAUAUUCACGUGCGGAUGUUUGCUCCAAUGAAGAACCUGACUUACAUCUACUUCAAGACGUUCCAGUACUGCCGGCUGGCACCCCACGUGCGGAGCUGCAAGCCCAACACGGAUGGGAUCUCCACGGUCGAGGACCUCCUUGCCAGCCUGGUACUGCGUGUCUGCGUCUGGGUCAUCGGCUUCCUCACCUGCUUCGGAAACCUCUUUGUCAUCUGCAUGCGCUGCUGCAUCUGCACCGAGAACCAGCUACACUUGCUCCGGAUCAAGUGCCUGUGCUGUGCGGACUGCCUGAUGGGGGUGUACCUGUUCUUCGUGGGGGUGUUUGAUGUGAAAUACCGGGGGGAGUAUAACCAGCAUGCCCAGCUCUGGAUGGAGAGCACCCAAAGUGGGACGAUGGGCUUCCUGGCCAUGCUGUCCAGCGAGGUGUCGGUCAUGCUGCUCGCCUACCUGUCCCUGGAGAAGUGUCUCGCCAUCGCCUUCCCCUUCAGCACCAUGAGACCGGGCCGCUGCCAGACCAUCAUCAUCCUUCACUCCAUCUGGGUCCUGGGCUUCAUCAUCGCGCUCAUCCCGCUCCGCAACCAGGAGUACUUUGGGAAUUACUACGGCUGCAAUGUGGUCUGCUUUCCUCUCUACUCCGACGAGACAGAGAAACCCAGAGCCAAAUACUACUCCAUUGGGAUCUUUCUUGGGCUGAACGUGCUGGCGUUCCUGGCGAUCCUGCUGUCCUACGUCACCAUGUUCCUGUCUAUCCGCAAGAGCAGCCUGCACCUGAGCGCCAAGACGUGGCAGCUGCGGCACGACGUGGCCCUGGCACACCACUUCUUCUUCAUCGUGUUCACCGACGCCCUCUGCUGGAUACCCAUCAUCAUCCUUAAAGUGCUCUCGCUGCUGCAGGUCCAGAUCCCAGGGACAGUGACCUCGUGGGUGGCGAUAUUCAUUCUGCCCAUCAACAGUGCCUUGAACCUCAUCCUGUACACCCUCACCACCAGCUUCUUCCAAGAUAGGGUCUAGAAGUCUCUCUCCAGGGCGCAGAGGAGGAACACUGAAAGCUUGUCAAAGAACUCCGCGAUGAAGCUCACCUUUCUUAGAAUUGGAGGCGCCCAAUGAGAUCUGACUGAAACACAAAAAUAUAACAUGAGCUUCCGGGUUCGUCAGUGGACAGCGCUCACCAUCACAGGGAACAGUUGCUCAUUAAUUCCACUUGAAAGACAUUUUUAUAUUGACAGAAGAGUUGUACAAGGGCUAUUUCAACAUGAUUGUUUGUCCACAGCUGGAGGUGGUGUGGAGUCUUUUCAUGCCAUGCUCUGCACAUGGUGGCUGAAAAUUUCAUGAAAACUUGUUUUGUUGUACAGUAGCGCUGGAAAUUGUCAUACAGAACACACACCACACAUCUUUGAUGCACCAUCUGCCUUUGUUUAACCUGAUUAUGUGCCACAGCAGUGAGCAAGACCACCAUACUACUGGCAAAUGCCAAAACAUUGUGGUAUGUGUGGUGGUGCUGGACCCGUUGAAUCCAGCGCCACCACACAUCUACUAAUGGUUGCACAGGCUGGCAGUGAUCUUCCCACAAGAGGUGCCAGGGACAGGAAGAUCAUGGUUCAAGGCAAUGCUACAGGCUGUUACAAUGUUUUGCUGCUAAACCGAACUACAGUAUGUCUACAUAUAGAUAUACAGUAUACAUCUCUGCUAGUUUCCCUUCCAGUGGUACUUACCAAGGGGUGAAUUUGCAUGUGGACGCUGAGGCUCUGCUUGAGGUCAGCAACCCAUCACGUUAGUGUGAGAAACGCCUAUGGAGACAGAUCUUGUUUACAUUGUGUGUGGGGAGAUGAUUAAAUUAAUUUGAAUACUAAAAUUGUUUACAAAAGCCUAAAUAAACGAAUACAAAAAAGCGGAUAUUACACAAAACCAAGAUUAGCUCUGUUCUGUUAAACUUCCACGCAUAUAUGCACCCUUGUCUCUGUAACUUUUAUGUUGUGCAUCAAUAUCAUUUGAAAUAAGCUGCGGAGAGCCGCAUGAUUCCUGUAGUAUCUUUACCCCCAGCUCUGCUCUGGUUUCUGUCUGUUAGGCAAAGAUAUCUUGUGUGUAUCAAAUGUAUUAUUUAUUUUAGUAGAUAAUAUAUAAACAAAUAGUAUGGUCUGGCAUGUAGAGAAAUGAAACCGUAUUCUAAGAACUUUUUCUACCUUUUACUACAGGACAUAUUUUAUAAGCUGCUUCUUAAGAGUUUACAUGACUAUCCCAUAGUCUAUUGCCAUUGGUUACCGUUGGUAUGUCAAUCUCGCUCAAACAAAAUUACAUAAUACACAUUGUUUACACU